ACUUGUACACAGUACGGAAAUAGGAGCUGGAUGCUGUAAUGUGUACACUCCACUGUUCUGACGCGCCCCUAUGACGCAUUCCGCUUUCAUCCGGGUUCUGUGUGACGUGCACACUUUCCAACAUGGCGGCGUCAGCUAAGAAGAAUAAGAAGAAGGGGAAGACUUUAACCCUGACAGACUUCCUGGCGGAGGAUAGCGGUGGAUCCGGACCGCCCGCUUAUCCCGCCGCGAAGGCCACCAGCUGGGCAGAUGAGACCGAGGACCUGGAUGGAGAAGUGUCCACUUCCUGGCACACCCCUGAAGAUUCGUAUCGUGCUCCGCCCAUCGAUCGCUCCAUCCUGCCCACGGCUCCUCGUGCGGCCCGGGAGCCCAACGUCGACCGGUCACGUCUGCCCCGCAGCCCGCCCUACACCGCCUUCCUCGGAAAUCUGCCCUAUGAUGUCACCGAAGAGUCCAUCAAACAGUUCUUCAGAGGCCUCGCGAUCAGUGCCGUGCGGUUGCCGCGUGAACCCAGUAACCCCGAGAGACUGAAGGGUUUCGGCUACGCUGAGUUUGAUGAUGUCGACUCGCUGCUCCGCGCGCUCACCCUCAACGAGGAGAACCUGGGGAACAGACGCAUUCGAGUAGAUAUCGCAGAUCAGUCCAAUGACAAAGAGCGAGACGGAGGUUUGAUGUCGGGGCGUGACCGAGACCGUGAUCGUGGGCGUGGCGGUGACGGCGGUCCUGAUAAGACGGAUUCUGAUUGGAGGGCUCGUCCCAGCGUGGAGCAGGAUGACGGGCCGCGCAGAGACGACGGCUUCGGCGAGAGGUCACGUGACCGGUAUGAGUCCGAUCGAUACAGGGAUGGGCCGCGACGCGACGAUCGCUAUGGCGGUCGUGAUCGCUAUGACGACCGGGAGCGCUAUGACGACCGGGACCGCAGGGAUCGCUAUGACGACCGAGGGGGCAGGGACUUCGACCGUGGUGGUUACGACUCCCGUGGCGGAGGACGGCGGGCUUUCGGUAGCGGCUACAGGCGCGAUUAUGACGACAGGCGAGAUGGAGAUCGCUACGGAGACGACAGAUACGAAAGACGGGACGACAGACGUGAAGAGAGAGCUCCUCCUCAGAGACCCAGACUGAACCUGAAACCCCGCAGCGUCCCGAAAGAGGAGGAGCAGAGCGGAGGCUCGUCUCCUCAGCCCAACCCGGGCCGAUCUGCCUCCAUAUUCGGAGCCGCGAAACCCGUGGACACGGCGGCCAAGGAGAGGGAAGUGGAGGAGCGUCUGAAGAAGGAGCAGGAGCGACUGCAGAGACAGCUGGAGGAGGACAAGCCCAGACCUUCAGAGAGACGACCGCGAGAUCGGGACCCGAGCUGGCGCAGCGAGGCGACGACCGGUGAACACGAGCGCACAGCGAGUGAAUCCACACACCAUGGAGGUUCUAAGCAUCAUGAAAGUGAGCAUUCAGAAAAUGAAGUGGAUGAGCCCACAUCUCCUGGGUCCCGCCCACCGGUCUCCCCGAGUCAGGGCGCUCUCCCGCUGAAGGUGAUGCCGGCUCCUCCGCCAAAGGAGAACGCCUGGGCGAAACGGAGCGCAGGGGGCGGGGCUAACACUGCCCCUUCGUCCGCACCCGGCAGUGGUGGUGGUGGCGGCGGCGGCGGUGGCACGGCUCACAAGUCAAGCAGCUCCUCAAAUUUGGAUGAGUGUGUAUCUGGAAAAGAUGAGAAUCAGUUGGACGGUGUAGGACGGGAGAAAGGCGUGUCUCAGGGAAGAGGGGGCGGGGCAUUGAGAGGAGGAGGACGGGGUCGAGGAGGAGAUCGAGGAGGAGAUGGACCUAACAAAGACCGACGACGAGAACCAACAGACAAGAAAGAGAGCAGACGAGAGCGAGAGCCCAGACCCGCACCAGAGCCAAAGAAGUACGAGGAGACUGAAGCUCCGGUGAGUCCUAAAUUCAGCUCAGCCAGUAAAUAUGCUGCGCUGCUGAUGGACGGUGAGCAGGCCGAGGAGGAAGACGCUGAGGAUUAAACAGGAAGGAGGAAAAGAAGAGUACACACACACACACACACACGCACACAAAAAUGCGGAUAAUAUUGAAUUUAAAAAAAAAUGAUCAAAUGCGUUUUGAGACUUUGGUUCUACCGGUGUCUGCAGUGAAGGUGGUGACAGACUGAGGAGAACCGUCACAUGAGUUCUCGGAGCUGUUCUUUAAUGUUUAUUGAAAUUUUCUAAAAGGUAAUCCAAAAUUUGACUAGUUUUAAUUAGUAACAGUAAAGAACAGCUUGUAAACGUAUAGACGCUCGUACAUGCAUUUAGGGAUUUAAAAAUGAGUAAUUUGCAAGUCGUUGUUAUAAAUAAAUUUGAAAAGUAUGUAAAAAAAAAAAA